GUACAGAACACACAAGACCGAACUAGGUAAAUGGUCGUAUUUCCAUCUCGAGAGAAUUAUUUUUCUUCUUGUCAUCUUUGACCCAAAUAUACAGCAGAUGACUUCAUGAAUUUCCUACAGUAUUUAUCCUCCUUCCUAAAUUGACACCAAUCCGGUUCUGCUAUGACUGAGGGUGUGGACCUUAGCCGAAAGUUUGUUUCAGAAUCCGAACUAGACGAGAAAAGAAAGAAGAGGCAGGAAGAAUGGGAGAAGGUCCGCAAUCCAGACGACCCAGAGGAGGCCCCGGAGGAAGAGUACGACCCUCGAUCUCUGUUCGAGAGGCUACAAGAGCAGAAAGACAAGAAACAGGAGGAAUUUGAGGAGCAGUUUAAAUUCAAAAACAUGGUUAAAGGUCUGGAUGAAGAUGAGACCAGCUUUCUCGACGAGGUGUCACGGCAGCAGUCUCUAAUAGAGAAACGCAGGCGGGAUGAGGAUGCACGGGAAAUAAAUGAAUACAGGAGGUCUCUCCAGAAGCUGGCAAACAACGAGAGCAACAAAAAGGAACCAGAGAAGAAAGCAGGACCCAAGCCAUCAGAAAACAAGACCAGUCAUCUCUCUCAGGCCCACCUGCUGGCUGGAGCGGUUAAACGACGCAGUUCGUCCCAGUCUUCAGAGGGAAGUAAAAAGCUGAAAACAGAAGAUACAGUAGCUGGAAAUGGCAGUCAGACGGGUGGGCAAGAGCAGGAGGUGGUUGAGCCCAAAUCUCCCAGCGCCGGCAUGACCCGCUCAGGCGUUCUCCACCUGCCCUCCGCCGCUGUAUGCGUGGGCAUCCUUCCAGGACUCGGCGCCUACUCGGGCAGCAGCGACUCUGAGUCCAGCAGCGAUAGCGAAGUUUAAACCUCUGGCAGCUUAACCCGGUGACGCACCUACCCACCUUCUCAUCCACCCCUGCGGCUUCUUCAGAGUCAAUGGGACACUGAAUGACUGACAGCUGUGGAUCAAGAAGACUGCUUAAAUAAAGCAUUUACACCAUAUCAUCACAGGACAAAUCAGACGUUAUAUGGGCAGUGCUUGUUUGAAGAUGUUUCAAGGUCCUGACUGAGUUUUAAGUUUGACUUAUUUUUUUUAACGAUAUGCUGCAAUGCAAAAAAAAAAAAUGCUGGAAUUUUCAUUAACUGUGCCCUGUGAAGAUAUGAAACCGUGUGUGCUGGUUCUGAGAAUAACCAGUGAAGUGAGAUUGAAAAAUAAAGAUGUUUCUCAUGUAUU